CGAGAUAAUUUUCAAUACUGGAGGUUCUAAAACAGUUUAAUCUACUGGCUCUACCAUUACAAGAAAGCCAAAUAGACCGAAAAAAAACCUACCUGCCCUGAGGAAUCAGAAGACAAUCCAAUCCUUGAACGCCAAUACAAACGAUUGAAAUAUAUCCAACAGUCAUUCAUUGUCACAUACAAAGUAACUGGAAAGCAUAGAAUGUCUAGAAUAAAGCAGGUAAGAGAGCUGCAUACCUGACGCAACCAGCCAAUUUGGCAGCAAAACCAGACUCACUCAGUAAAACACCGGAAGUGAAACAUAUAGAUGGGGAAACUGGGCUGUGGAAUCGAUGGGGGUCUGAAUGAAGCAAAGUUCAGUGAACCUAUACCAUGGAUUGGUCUCUACAUAGCAGUGGCAUCUCUGGCCUGUGCAAUUGCUAUGGCUGCGGAUUUCAUCCGUGGCUUCCGCCAACAGAAGUUCUGGUUCCCGAGCAAAUUCUUCUCCAUUAAUGCCACUUCACUGACCAUAAUAGCUGUGGCAGUCAAAUUGUCAGUGGAUCUAAACACUGCUAUGCCUCGCCGCGUUGAUCAGCUCGCAAAACUUAGCAGUGGUGCCUUGCUCUGUACAGUAAUGGGUAAUUCUAUGCCUUCUCUAGGAACUAUGGACAACAAUGAUUUAUACACAAAUAUUAUUGCUUUAGGAAUACUCGUUGUUACUGUUAUUGUUAAUACGGGAAUCCAAUUAGGCACUGGUGUAAUAUAUCUUCACUGGAAAGAGCAUGCUUUAAUUAUGUUUCUCAUGCUUCUUUUGCUUGUAAUCCUAAGCUUUUCGGCCUUAACUGUGCCGGUAAAUAAAAAAUAUUUCCAAUAUAAAUAUAAUAAGAAGUAUGGUAUGGCUCUGAAAGAAGACUCGAAUGAAACCAGCAAAAGGGAAGACAGGGAACUUAAAGAAGAUAUAAUGAAAUUCUGGAUGAUGGCUCAUACCUGCAACCCCCAGUUCGUGGUUGGCCGUUCAGUUACAUGCACGGCCGCAGGUGCAUUCUGUCUCCUUGGUGCUAUGACUUUAGCAGAGGCCAUGCUGCGAUCUUACUUGAUGCCCUGGUCAUUCAAAUUUUGCACCGGAGAGUCUGACUAUGAGUGGUCGACCAUCUUAAUUCUUAUUACACAGACCAUUGCAGUAGGAGUUGGUACUAUUGCCCCAGCAAUCAGAUGGUUCACUGCUGUAAACUUCAGAUGCCCAAUCAGAAGGAUGAAAAGCGGCAAAAGAAAAUGGACAGUAGAAAGGUACUGGAUCCAGUUGCUUGUGGAGAUGAAAGAGUGCCCACUAAGCAUACGAUUCGAGGACCGGUUUUGCAAGAAAUUUGCCCAUUAUGUUAAAAACAAACUGGUGGACCUCUGUAUUGGAAUGCAAACGGGAAUUGUGUUGGGAAGCAAAGUGAUUCAGUUCAUUUCAGUUUACUUCAUGAUCCAGGUUUUGUUAUUCUUUGAUUUCUGUAAGAAGUUAAAAACGAUGAAACCCAAAAACGGCAUUUCAUCUGACUCGGGAUCAGAAUCACGAUCGACUCCAAAACCAGAUCUCAGACGUUACGUUAUGCAUCUUGAAGGUGAAGACGAGCUAGUUGAGUUGAUGAUGAAGAACAACUUUGAUGCCACUGAUCAUUGGCUGCGAAGGGGGGAAAGGAAACAGCCAAAGCAUCUCACAGAACUUCUGGAAAAAUCAACCUUUGCAGAAGGAUUUAAGGGAGUGAGAGAGUUUGACAGUGACCUAGUUCUCUCUUUAGUUUGUGAUGAACCUCCUAACUGUUGGGCUCUUCCUGUAGUAACUCUGACAGCCAUUGCAGUUGCACUUCCAAAUGUCAGUGGUAGUUUAAUGAAACAGUUGAUGCGCAGUGUAAAUGAAGGCCUCAUGUAUGUCAGACUCAUAGAAGAUAGCCUGGACGCAAAGGGAGAAUUGCUUAACAUCAGGAAAGCAGCAAAUGUUGCAUGGGUAGGAGUCGAUCUCUUCCACAAGUGGCUAGAUGUGGACCUUCGAAAACUGUCCUUCCAAGCAGAAAGCACUAAGGAAAUACUCGAGAAACUAUCUGAUGCUGCAAAGAAUAGGUUGGAGGAGUUUAAGAAGACACCCAUGAAUCAAUGUCUGAAGGAAGGACCUUCAAAGUGGCCCAUCAAGAUACUGGCCGCUAAUUCCAUGUAUAGGAUAAGCCAAACUCUUCUGCAGAAUUGUGAAAGAAGAAAUGACUUGAUCGACGAAAGAUUAUUUGAAGCUUUAACUGUCAUGAUCUCUGAUAUACUGGGCGCUUGUCUAACUAACUUACGGCAGGUCAUAUUCCACUGUUUGAGCAGGGCUGUCACUGAUAGAGAGCAUUGUGUACGCAGAGCCGUUUUCAUUCUUGGAAAAACUGAAAAGAUUCGGAAACUUCUAGAUCAGCAGCCUAUUUCCACUUUAGAUCCAGAUCAAAUGGCCUACAUUGAUGAGUGGCGUUCAAUGCAUGAUUUGAAGAUCUCUUUGCCCUCCAUUCCAUCUUCAGCAAAGAGUGAAACGGCCUUAUCCACUUCGAGCGACUUGUAUAUAACCAUGGAAUGAAAUUACUAGUUGCUUGGAGUUGCAAAACAGGAGCAACUUAUGACUAUUGCUGUGUAAUAUUUGAAUUAUUACUUGCAACUAAUGUCAACAUGUAAUGAAGAUAGUCCAUCUAGAAGUAGAAAGUAGAUUUUUUGUGAAACUGAGAAUGCAGUUGGCAUCCCUUGAUCAAUUGUAACAGUGCAAUGAAUCUAUAUGGCAGUAUAUGAGUUGAGAUUACCAUAAAGUAUCCAA